UCCAUCCUGUCUAUUCUCUUUACCAUUUGGGGUAGUUGGAGUCGCAUCCUGAUUUUGGAGACGCUAUUUGCAAGUUGCAUCAUAUUUGUGCAGUGAUACAAUGGACCUUUGGUUGAUGUGGUUGCCACUUGUGAUGAGCAGUUGGCGAAUCCCUUGCAGAAAUUCACCAAAGAUUUUGUCUUCACAGCCAUGAAUGAGAAGUUUAACAAAGACGAGGUUUGGGGAGCGCUUAGAGGGAAAGAGGAGGAAGAAGAAGGCGAUUAUGAUGAUGGAAGCGUAGAAGAUGAGGCGGUCAAUUCUGCGCAGACAGAUGCGCCAAAGAAGUCCAUUUACAAGGACAAUUUCUUCAAUUCACUAUCCAGCGAUGCAACAAAAAGAGGGCGCAGUGAGCGCACCAAAUUCUUUGAGCAGCGCAAGUUUGACACUGAGAUUGACUAAAUUUCUGGGGUUUCCAGACAUUUGGAGCUUUUCCAGUGAGGACUUGCGGGGCCGUAGCAGUCCUGGAAGAAGUCGUGGAGGCGACAGGGGCGGCAGCUAUGGUGGCGGCGGUGGGAGUUACGGAAUAGGUAGAAGUGGUGGUUAUGGCAGGGGUCUAGGUGUGGGCCGUGCCUCGUCUGGCAAUAAGAGUUGGCAACGGAGGGGUGUGACGAUCACCAAAGCACCCUUGGUAAAGAUGGAUCUCUAGGUGGUGCAAUCGCCACGCUCAAUGUAUCCUGCUUUGGAGUCGAAUUCACAAGCAAGAAACCACCUGUAUAGCACCUGAAUUGGCAUAAGAAGUAGGCUGUAAGCUUGAUAUCUCUGCAGUCCUCGGAAGGGAAGACGAGUACUUGAUACGUGAACAGUUAUCAGGUGGUUUCAGUCGGAACGAUUUGGAGUGAAAUUUUUAAAUCGCUUCAAAUUUUGAGAUAUGCUGCAACAACGAUGUGAAUAGUGAGGCUUGGGUUUUAGAUGGCCGUGUAGACCUAGGCUGCACAGAUUGGACACCAGGCGUCAAAUUGACCCUUUUGUGUAUAUUGUUUUGUCGGCUUCGGUGGUGAAAUUUUAUUCAUGGGAAUAAGCUAGAGCCUUUCACUGCUCAAUUUGUUCA